GGCCAGCAUGACAGCUCUGCCCACCCCCCCUGACCCUGUGUCCACCGGGAAACGGGACAAGCUGGCACAGGUAGAGCAGACCUACUGUGACCGGCUGGUGCAGGACACGCCUUUCCUGCUGAGCCCUGGGCACCUGAGCGAGCAGCAGGUGGACAGGAUCAUCCUGCAGCUGAACCGCUACUGCCCCCAGAUCCUCAGCAACAAGGAUGCGGAAAAGUUCCGGAACCCCAGGGCAUCCCUGCGCCUCCGGCUCUGUGACCUGCUGGGCCACCUGCAGCGGAGCGGCGAGCGGGACUGCCAGGAGUUCUACCGCGCCCUCUACAUCCACGCCCAGCCCCUGCACAGCCGCCUGCCCAGCAGGCACACCGGGCAGAACUCCGACCUGGAGUGCGCAGACCUGGACUCGGGCACCGCCAGCCACGUGCUCAGCGAUAGGGGACCCAUGGCCUUCCUGGCCUGCCUCGGCCUGGCCGCGGGGCUGGCCCUCCUCGUCUACUGCUGCCCUCCAGACUCCAAGGUGCUGCCACGGGCCCAGCGCGGCCGAGCAUCAGGCCACCUCUGUCCAUCAGAGACACGCCUGCUUUCAUGCACUACUGACAAGGGGCCUGGCGCCUGCGGCCACACAGCCAGCACCUUCCUGAGUGUCCUGUGAGAGGUCAUCCCGCCAGCCUCCCCUUCAGGUGACAGGCAGGGCAACAGGCAGGAGGUCAAGUAACCGCAGGAGGUCACACAGCAGCCAGGAGGCGGGGAGGCACCUGAGCCCUGCUGCUCCCAGCCCUGACCGCACCUGGGGACGGGGUAGAAGGACAGAGCCACGAGGGGCUCUCUGGGGCACAUCCUGGACUGCAGGGCGAAGUGAGG